AAGCUAUAGCCUCUUCUAUCUUUCUCCUUCACCUUCCUUCUUAAUUUCUCUCUUUUGCUUUGCUCUCUGCUUCUUUCUUAGACCCCUUAGUGUGAUUCUCCACCAUAUUUUUCUUUCUUAAAGACCCAUCAAACUUUAUUAAAGAGGAAAAAAAAAGAUAAAGAUCAAGAAAAAAAAGGAAUUUCAACAAUGGUUUUUUCUUCAGUUCCAGUCUAUUUAGAUCCUCCCAACUGGCAUCAGCAUCAACCAAAUCAACAGCAAAGUGUUACUACUGAAAAUCCUCAUCUUCCACCUCUUCCUCCUCCUCAUGUUAGCGGCGGUGGUGGCGGUAGCGGUGUUGGCUCUAUUCGACCUGGUUCGAUGUCAGAUCGAGCCAGGUUAGCGAAGAUACCGCAGCCGGAGACAGCUUUAAAGUGUCCAAGGUGUGAUUCAACCAACACUAAGUUUUGUUACUUUAAUAAUUACAACCUUUCUCAGCCUCGACACUUUUGUAAAACUUGUCGGAGAUAUUGGACUCGAGGUGGCGCUCUUAGAAAUGUUCCGGUCGGAGGCGGUUGCCGGAGAAACAAAAAGAGCAAAAGCCAAAGUAAUAAUAACUCAAAUUCAAAGCCAUCUUCAGUUUCCAACACGAAUUCGAGCUCAACAAGCGGAAUUAAUCCUUCAGAUCAUCAAAUUAUUGCUCAUCUGCCUCCGCAAUCAGUUCAUCACUUACCUUUCAUGACUUCAUUGCAUCAUCUUGCUCAGUUUGGUGUCGGAAAUAUUGGUUUAAACUAUGGAGGAAACCUAGGAGCAACAAAUUGUGGUAAUAACGGGUCAACUGAAACGGGUUUAUUUCAUAAUAAUGGAUCCGUAGUGCAACAAUUUCCUUUCUUUGAGCCAAUUUCAGCAAAUGGGUUGUAUCCGUUUCAUCAAAGUGAUCAAUCUGGCGUAGAAGCAUCGUCGUCUUCGAUCGAUAAUAGUCGGUUAAUUCGGUCAAUGACUAAUUCAAGCUCUAGGGUUUCUGAGUCAGCUCCGGUGAAGAUGGAAGAUAGUAAUAGCCAACAGCUAGGGUUAAAUUUAUCAAAAUCUUUUUUGGGUAUUUCAGAAAAUAGUACAAAUCAGUACUGGAGUGGAAACACGUGGACUGAUUUAUCAGGUCUCAACUCUUCUUCCACUGGUCAUCUCUUAUAAUGCUGAUCUAAGGUAGGUUGAAUAUUUUGUCGGUUAGUGAACUAUACACUUUUUAUAAAACGAUUAUUGAUAUGUUGUUCGUUAUAUUUUGAUAACUAAAUUUUUAUUUUCGUAACAACGGAAAGUUAUCCGAUCAAUUCUAAUCAAUAAAUACUGAUAUGGUUGGUGGAUUGCAUAUGUAGUAAAGUGGAAUAUCCAGCAAUCCAUCGGCUACAUUGUUGGUCGUAAUAGAUUUGAUAACUUUUCAUUGUUAGAAAAGCAACUGUUUGAUUAUCAAAAUGUAAUAAAUAAAAUGUUGAUUAUUGUUUUAUAAAAAUGUAUAAUUCAGUGACGUACUAUAAAAAUAUUUAACAUGAUCUAAGUUCUUCGUAUUACCAAUGGAAAAUCAAACCAAGAAACUGUAGAAUUAGUUUGUUUUCUAAAUUUAUUUGUUUGUUAAAUUAGUUUGAGUUCUGUUUUUCGUGUGUAUUGUAUGGUUUGUUUAAGUGAGUUUUGUGUGCGCAAGAGGAAAUCUUGUAUCUGACAUUGUGAUCUAGCAUCAAUCAAACAGCUCAGUUGAUUAUAAGGCA